GUACGCUUUAGACAUAUAUGAAUAUAUAAGUAUAUAAGCUUAUUUAUAUUACGGUUGCCUGAACUUGUCAUUGACCCCUACUGAAUGCACGUGCUGAACAACUGUUGCCCGCUGAAUGCUUUAGACUUGCUACGCAUAUUGUUUUCCAGUUUGUUGCAUCCUAAUUUCUAUUCUUCUCAUGCUUGGAUGUGUUCAUGCAAUAUAAAUAAGGCGUCAGAAACGCAAUAUUAGCCAGUAUGUGUCUUCCAUAUAUACUUGCAAGUUCUCUGUGGUUGUAUUUUUUUGUUCAAGUAAUUUAUUUUCCUAUAUCAUCAAACCGUUAGGCUAACUUUUUUUCGUGCACAUCAAAA